AUGGCUCAACCAAACGUUGAAAUUAUGGAGACGCUUUCCGCAAUGAUCGCGGAAGCUCUCAAAACGUCUAUCGGAAGUGCCGUCGCACAAGUAAACGCCGGUCACCAUAAUCCAGUCGAAGAUGCUGCUCCUACGCCGAGAAUUCCGUCAUUCACCAAGAAACCGGAAACGUUCAAUGACGCAUAUGGGAUCGCGCAUACCCUGGAAGCGACCCGCAACACGGCACGGGAAGUGAACGCUGGCCCAUCUCAUUUCGAGGAAACGAACAAACUGGGGUACGAAAAUCUGAAAACAAAAACGAAGUCGAGCUACAAGCAGUCAAGAGACACGUCAGGUGAAAAUCAACGGAACAGCAGUUUUCAGAACAGUGGAGGAGGUCCCUGUAAUGGCUGCGGAGGUCAGCAUUUACGAAUCUAUUGCCGCUUUCGCGACAUAAGAUGCCACAACUGCGACAAAAAAGGACACAUUGCGAAAGUGUGUAGAUCAAAAUCAAAAAAUUCCUCAACCGACCAAGUGCAGUCCCAAGAGCCCAGUUCCGAAAUCGAUCUAGUGACGACGCAGGUCAACGAUAUUAUUUCUUCUGGAAAAAAGAUGAUUGACGUUAAAAUCGAUGGUCGCCCUCUGCAGAUGGAACUAGAUACCGGAGCACCGUGUGGAAUUAUUGCAGAAUCCAGAUUGCGAGCCAUUAAGCCGAAGUUAUCGCUGCAGAAAACCGACAGACAGUUCUCUAGCUACACUGGGCAUCGUAUUGAUUGUCUUGGUCGUAUUGCUGUAAAUGUAUCCGUAGGAACAACAACACGCAGGCUGAACCUAUAUGUAGUUUCCGGAGAGUCUGACUCGUUGUUUGGACGGGAAUGGAUUUCUCACUUCGCCGAUCAGAUUAAUCUAAACCGAAUCUUCACUUCAGAGGCGUCUAUUAACUCGAUUACGUGUACCGAACUUUCCUCGGAUCAAGCAGCCCAGCUAUCAAGUACGUUGGACAACUUCAAUGACAUCUUCAGUGACAUUCCAGGGAAAUUGGUAGGCCCUCCAGCUAAAGUACAUCUUAAACCAGGAGUAAAUCCAGUCUUCGCUAAGGCACACGACGUACCACUUGCUUUACGUGAUCGUUAUGCAGCAGAAAUCGAUAAGAAAAUUGUCUCUGGAUUCUACAAAAAAGUAGACUAUUCUGAGUGGUCGUCGCCGACACAUAUCGUCGUCAAAAACAACGGAAAUCUGCGCAUCACUGGUAACUACAAACCAACCGUAAAUCCAAGGAUGAUUAUAGACGAACAUCCCAUCCCAAAAAUCGACGCAAUUUUUAACAAAAUGAAAGGAGCAACCUUAUUCUGUCACUUGGACGUAACUGACGUAUAUACACAUCUUCCGAUUGACGAAGAGUUCCGUCAUGUUCUGACGCUUAAUACUACAACACAUGGAUUAAUUCGUCCUACGAGAGCUGUAUAUGGAGCUGCAAAUAUACCUGCCAUAUGGCAGCGUCGAAUGGAAACGCUGCUUCAAGGUUUGGGAAACGUCGUCAGCUUCUACGAUGACAUAAUCGUAUUGGCGGAAAACUUUCAAAGCCUUCUUCUAGCCCUUACAGAAACAAUGGACAGAUUGAAACUGAACGGGCUGCGGCUUAACCGAUCGAAAUGCGUGUUUGCUGUACCGUCCCUCGAGUGCUUGGGUCAUAAAAUCGAUCGCCAUGGACUACAUAAAUCGGAUAAACAUAUCGAAGCGAUUCGUGAUGCACCACUUCCAGCUAACAAAGAAGAACUUCAACUUUUCUUAGGUAAGGCUACCUAUUAUAGCUCAUUUAUCCCAAAUCUUUCCUCUAGAGCAAGAAGCUUGCGAGAUUUACUUCUUGCCGAUACAUUCAAAUGGACUUCUGAAGCUGAAAAAGCGUACUUGGAUUUGAAAGCAGUUCUUAUUUCUCCACAAGUGUUAAUGCAGUAUGACCCAACGUUGCCGUUAAUUCUAGCCACAGACGCCAGCAAAACCGGUUUAGGCGCCGUGUUGUCACACCAGUUGAGCAACGGAAUGGAACGUCCAAUAGCGUAUGCAAGCACAACUAUGUCCAGUACAGAGCAACGAUACCCACAGAUCGACAAGGAGGCACUUGCCAUUGUUUGGGCCGUCAAAAAGUUUUUCUAUUAUCUUUACGCCCGUAAGUUCACACUGAUUACGGAUCACAAGCCCCUUGCGCAAAUUCUGCACCCCGAAAAAACUCUUCCUACGCUCUGUAUCAGUCGCAUGGCAAAUUACGCAGAUUAUCUGGCACACUUCAACUUCAACGUCGUACACAAACCAACAAACCAGAACACCAACGCCGACUACUGUUCCCGACUACCAAAUAGUCCUGCAAAAUCAAAUGUCAACAGCUUGUUCCUUAACGAGGGAAGGAAUAUCGAGGACGAGUUUGAUCAAUUCGCACUAAAUACUAUACAACAACUACCAGUACGAGCUGAGCAUAUAGCACGAGAAACACGGAAGGAUAUUCAUCUAGGAAAAUUGGUACAAGAUUUGGAAUCAGGGCGCGACCUUGCGCAGUUAGGACACAAGGCUCCGAAGGCGAAAUAUACGUUAGCAGCAAACUGUCUACUAUUUGAACACAGAGUAGUAAUACCGCCUAUUCUUCGUCAAGCAGUUCUGAAUGAUCUGCAUAUAGCACACAUGGGGGUCGUCAAAAUGAAGGGUCUUGCACGAUCUUUCGUCUAUUGGCCAGGAAUUGAUUUGGACAUCGAGCGAACGGCCAAAUCCUGCAACGACUGCGCUCGCAAUGCUGCUGUCCCACCCAAGUUCAAUACCCACCAUUGGGAAUACCCGAGCGGUCCAUGGGAGCGCAUACACAUUGACUACGCAGGUCCCGUGGCGGAUACAAUGCUGUUAAUAAUCGUCGAUGCGUAUAGUAAGUGGUUCGAAGUUAAAAUCACAACUUCAACAACAACGGCAGCCACUAUAAAUAUCCUUGAUGAACUGUUCACGACGUACGGAGCACCAAUUACACUAGUAUCCGACAACGGUCCACAAUUUACCGCUUCAGAAUUCAAAUCUUUCUUGCAAAGGAGUGGAGUAAAAUAUCACAAACUUUCGGCACCUUAUCACCCAGCGACGAACGGGCAAGCAGAACGGUACGUUCAAACGGUGAAACAUGCGCUGAAAGCAAUGGGAACCACAAAAAGUACACUGAGGACGGAUAUCAACGAGUUUCUGCGUCAGUACCGAAAGGCUCCACACACCGAGACCGGAGAAUCGCCUGCAAAACUGUUUUUAGGCCGAAACAUUCGAACACGGUUGGAUUUGGUCAGACCGCAGAAUAUCAACGCUAAAAUUUCGGAAAAACAACGAGCAGCUUUCGAUUCAAAGUUCCGCUUGUUUAGUCCGGGAGACCAAGUUUACUUUCUUUCUGGAAACACUAGAAUGGACAAGUGGAUUCCGGGAGUUAUUUCUAAUCGCUUGGGAGAUCUUCACUACGAAAUCCUUUACAAAACGAAAACAUUUAAACGUCACAUCGAUCAAAUACAGAGUUUCAUCAGCAACGAGUCCACACCACAGGGCAUAUCAUGCGGAGCAAGUAGAGUCGAUAAUAGAGGUGAGAUACAGCGACGAGUGCGUUUCUAUGGGAACAUUAUGACGUCACCAGUUCCAUCAUCGAGUUCGGUACCAGAUUCUUCAGUUUCGCUCGAGUCAACAAAUGAACGAUUUUCGACGCCAUGUAGCAGCCCAAAUCAACAUAGAGAAGACUAUGAGCCUGUACUACGCCGCUCAGAUAGAUUACGUCGCCCGCCGCUUAGGUUUUCUCCGUAG